AAGCAAUAGCAAAAAUUCGUGCAUUUUGCUAUACUAAUAUUAAAAAUGAAUUAUCUUUUUAUGGAAAGGAACUAUUGGAAUGUGAUUUAAGAGACAGUGUAAAUGGAUCGACUGUCAAUGCUAGCCAAAUGGAAUUUGUUGAACAAUCAGAAAAAUCUUCUGACUCAUUCGAACCUAUUACCGGAUAUUGCAAUAUGCAAUUAGAUGAAGUAAAUGAUACUAAUUUGCUAAUCGAUGAAGUGAUCGAUCUUUCAAAUCCAGCCUUUGUUGGCAAUAACAAUUCAUUUAUCGAAAGUCAAAGUAUGGUAUCAAAUAAUAAUACUCAAUGA